AUGGCACUAAACAUAGAAGAAGACACACCCAUUGACGUUGGUCAUGGGCUUACUGACCUAAGGAGGAUGAUGGAGGAUAACCGAACACAGUUGCAGGAUCGAAGCACUCUGUUAGCCGAGAUCCGUCAAGAUACUCGCACUCAGUUCGUAGAGAUCCGUGAGUUGUUGCAGGGGUUGACUCUACAAAAUAGCCAAAGGCCAGAAAGGAUUGAGAAGGAUCGAUUGCAAAAAGCAUUGGGAACAAACGUAAGGCUUAGCACGGCCUUUCACCCCCAAACCGACGGACAAACGGAGAGGACUAUUCAGACCCUAGAAGAUAUGCUGAGAGCCCGCGCCUUGGAUUUCUCUGGAAACUGGGAGCAGCAUUUGCCAUUGGUGGAGUUCGCCUACAAUAACAGCUAUCAAGCAAGCAUUGGGAUGGCACCAUAUGAAGCUCUAUACGGUCGACCCUGCCGAUCUCCAGUCUGCUGGACCAACGCUGGGGAAACGGGAUUGAUCGAGCCUGACAUAGUACGAGAUACCACGGAAAAGGUCAAGACUAUCAGACAGAGGAUCCAGACCGCUCAAAGCCGACAGAAGAGUUAUGCGGAUAAGAGGAGCCGACCAUUGACUUUUGCUGUGGGAGAUCAUAUCGGGAAAGUUGCUUAUCGUCUAGCCCUGCCGCCACAGCUGGACCGAGUGCAUAACGUGUUUCACGUUUCCAUGCUUCGCAAGUAUCUGGCCUUGCCCACUCAUGUUCUCAAUUGGGAAGACAUCACCAUCGAAGAAGACGCGACAUAUGAAGAGGAACCAAUAGAGAUUCAAGACCGAAGCGAGAAGACUAUCCGAAACAAGACCAUUAAGUUGGUACGAGUUUUGUGGAAACACCGAGGAGCUGGAGAAACCACAUGGGAGAGGGAAGAAACCAUGAAGAUGAAAUACCCUCAUUUAUUCGAAUCCUAG